CAAUUUGGCCCCAUGAGAUUCCAUCAAGAUCAGCUUCAGGUACUUUUAGUGUUUACCAAAGAAGAUAACCAGAGUAAUGGAUUCUGUUGGGCAUGUGAAAAGGCAGGAUUUAAGUGCACAAUUGCAAAGAAUCCUCAGUCUGCACUCGAAUGCUUUCUGGAAAAACAUCAUGAUAUCAUCAUCAUCGAUCAUAGACAUUCCCGGCAGUUGGAUGCAGAAGCAUUGUGCAGGUCUAUCAGAACAACUAAAUCCUCAGAAAACACGGUUAUUAUUGGUGUAGUACGAAGGGGGGACCGUGAAGAAACAUCUAUUAUGCCCCUCAUUGCUGCUGGUUUUACAAGGAGAUACAUAGAGAACUCCAAUAUCAUGGCCUGUUACAAUGAACUAAUUCAGCUGGAAUUUGGCGAGGUGCGAUCACAACUUAAACUAAGGGCUUGCAAUUCAAUAUUUACAGCAUUAGAGAAAAGUCAAGAAGCCAUUGAAAUUAAAAGUGAAGAUCACAUCAUACAGUAUGUAAAUCCAGCAUUUGAAACAGCGAUGGGCUAUCAAACAGGUGAACUUCUAGGAAAGGAGUUAACAGAAGUGCCUCUAAAUGAAAAAAAAGCUGAUUUCUUGGAUACUAUUAAUUCAUGCAUAAAGAUAGGAAAGGAGUGGCAAGGAAUUUAUUAUGCCAAAAAGAAAAAUGGGGAUAAUAUACAACAAAAUGUGAAGAUAAUACCUGUCAUCGGACAGGGAGGAAAGAUUAGACACUAUGUGUCCAUUAGUAGACUGUGCAAUGACAUCAAUAAGGUAGAAAAAACGUGUGAACGUGUUCAGGCUGAAUCUCAAACCGAUAUUCAGAGUUGCAGACACAAAGAUAGGAGGAAAGGUUCAUUAGAUGUCAGAUCAACAACCUCCCGAGGAAGUGAUGGGAGUUCACAGAGACGACACUCUUCCAUGGCAAGGAUACAUUCAAUGACUAUUGAAGCACCUAUCACCAAGGUAAUAAAUAUCAUUAAUGCUGCACAAGAAAGCAGUCCAAUGCCUGUGGCAGAAGCUUUAGACCGUGUGCUGGAAAUCCUAAGAACCACUGAGUUAUAUUCUCCACAACUUGGGACUAAGGAUGACGAUCCUCAUGCCAGUGAUCUUGUUGGUGGCCUCAUGUCUGAUGGCUUACGAAGGUUGUCAGGAAACGAAUACAUUUUUUCAUCAAAACAAGUUCAUCAGGUUCCAAGCCAUUUAAUUUCUCCCAUCUCCCUCAAUGACAUCCCACCACGGAUAGCACAGGCCAUGGAAAAUGAAGAAUACUGGGAUUUUAACAUUUUUGAACUAGAGGCUGCCACUCACAAAAGGCCGUUGGUUUAUCUUGGUCUCAAGAUUUUUGCUCGCUUUGGAAUCUGUGAAUUCCUAAACUGCUCUGAGUCAACUCUACGGUCUUGGUUGCAAAUUGUUGAAGCCAACUACCAUUCGUCCAAUUCCUACCACAAUUCUACCCACUCUGCAGAUGUACUUCAUGCCACUGCCUACUUCCUGUCUAAGGAAAGAGUCAAGCAAACUUUAGAUCCAAUUGAUGAAGUUGCUGCCCUCAUUGCUGCCACCGUCCAUGAUGUGGAUCACCCCGGAAGAACAAAUUCAUUCCUGUGCAAUGCAGGGAGUGAGCUGGCAAUUUUAUAUAACGAUACUGCUGUGCUGGAGAGCCACCAUGCAGCCCUUGCUUUCCAGCUCACUACCCGAGAUGAUAAAUGCAAUAUCUUCAAAAACAUGGAGAGGAAUGAAUAUCGGACACUUCGCCAAGCCAUUAUUGACAUGGUCUUAGCAACAGAAAUGACCAAACACUUUGAGCAUGUCAACAAAUUUGUCAACAGCAUCAACAAGCCCUUGGCAACGUUAGAAGAAAACGGGGUAACAGAUAAAUCACAGGAAUCAGUCAAAAGUGUGCUCACUUCUCCUGAGAAUCGAAUUCUUAUCAAAAGGAUGCUGAUCAAGUGUGCUGAUGUAUCCAAUCCAUGCCGUCCCCUAGAACAGUGCAUCGAGUGGGCUGGGCGCAUCUCUGAAGAGUAUUUUGCACAGACUGAUGAAGAGAAGAGGCAAGAUUUACCUGUGGUAAUGCCAGUUUUUGACAGAAACACUUGCAGCAUCCCCAAAUCCCAAAUCUCAUUCAUUGACUACUUCAUUACAGACAUGUUUGACGCUUGGGACGCCUUUGCAGAUCUGCCCAACCUAAUGCAGCAUCUUGACAACAACUUCAAAUACUGGAAGGGACUGGAUGAGAAGAAGCUCCGGAGCCUAAGACCACCUCCUGAAUAGCGAUUGCCCCUCCCCAACCCAGCCCAGGUAUCCAAAUGCAUUGUUCCUCAAGCUCACUUGGGUUCAUUUUAUGCCAGAAUCAUUUUGGCCGUUUCAGUAUUAGUCAGACCGGCCCGUGCACUUGAGGAUCUGGAAAGAACAUGGCAGACUCCUGUGGCCUUCAACAUGGAAAACCUAUGGAGUAGAGUCAGUCUUUCCCCUGAUGUUACACUGGAUGGAUGGCUGCAGAGACUAUCCUAAAGAAGGUCACAUAUGUGUCUGAAUUCUCAUCAUACAAGACAAUACAGCUUGGAAGGAUGAUAGAAGAAAUUCCCAGAUCCUCAAUACAACAAGUGAAGGAGAAAUCCCUAUUGGUGACUCAUAGCUUUGUGGAGAAUGUUCCAUGCUGGGUUAAGCACUUAAGAACCGCUAAUAACAAUUAGACAUUUAAAAGCAACUCUUCAUGAACAAGAUUUUGUUCCAUGAAAAAUAGACAUCUUCUAUUUUUUUCACAUCGCAGAAGGUGCAAUCAUUCACUUCUGAGCACUACUGAAAGUGACUUCUCUCAAAAGAAAUUUAGUAGCAAAUGUAAAGAAAAAAACCACAAAGAAUUUUUUGAAGUUGAUUGUUAGCAUCUAUGAUUAAAAUAUGUUUUAUUUAUUUUGUUAGAUGUUCAAUAUUUUCUAUGAAUUUAUAAAUACUUAAAAGCCAAAGCCAACUUUAGAUGCCAUUACAAAUUUACAUGAUUCAUUUCAUUGAUAUGCAUUACUUGAUGUACAGACCUUUUAUUUUCAUAAUGCAAAGACAAAAUACUAUCCAAUGACACACAUUUUUACUGCACUCUAUGGGUAACUGUGUAUGUUAACUGUCGUCUCUGAUUUAUGCUAAUCAAAGAAGGUUGUUUGUUUGGUUGACAGGUCUCCCUCACUCCAGAGUACAAAGGUCUAAGAGACUCUUCUGCUCCAGAAACACCAGAGCUAUGCUACGCUAGCUAUCAUUCUCUGCUCAUGUUUGCCGAUAACUUCCCAAAGUGAAAUUGUACAACUCUUGGUCAGACAGGGAGAAAAAAAGUUGGGACUGAACAUUUUUUUCUCCCUGAAAAUUUUAUAAUUAAAUUCCCUCUCAAAAGUCUGCCUUAUUUUAUACAGUAUUUCUACAAAGCAUUCCAUAUCAUAGACAAGGGAAUAACCAAUGGAAUAUUUAGUGAAUCUCAGCAUUUUAUAGCCUCUCUAUUUUCCUUGGCAGUGGAAAUCUUUAACUCUGGAAAUUUGUAAAGGUUCUGUACCUUCACAAUUUGAAUGAAGUAAACACCAGAAAACAAUAAAACAUAUAUUUUAAGAAGUGUCUAA